AGAUGCAUCUUGUCUGCCGGUUUUAGCUACAGAAAGAAGAGCAUCAGAAAACGUCAGCACACAGUACCUCAGAAACAGAAAUGGCUACAGGAGUGGAUCAAGCAGUUGGCAUGAGUCUUGUUGUCUUCAGCCUCCUGCUGUUUACAUACUACUCAGUCUGGGUCAUCAUCCUGCCUUUUGUGGACGGUGAUCAUGUACUGCACCAGUACUUUCUCCCUCGGGAGUACUCCGUCAUUCUGCCCGGCAUCGCAGCAGUAGUACUGCUCCUCUGUAUAGGGGCCUUCACUGCAGUUGUCAUGUGGAAGAGUCGCAAGCCGAAGAAAGUGGAUUAAGCUGCCCCCGCGAACAAAACCAUACCUCCAUUCUCUAAUAAUGGCUCCUGCAUGGUUGACAAAGUUAUAUUUGUUGAAAAGAAAGAUUUAUUUUAUAUUUUAGUUUUGUUUUCAGUUCAGUAGAAAUCAGCAGCUGUGUUUUGAAGCCACUACUGUAUGUGUCAAAUGUGAAAAACUUUGACUUUGGCACCCCUGAGUGGCAGCAUAAAAAAAUACACUGCAGAGGAGUGUGCUGCAAACUGAAGAUAGACUGCACAAAUUUUCACUGGGAUUCUCAGAUUUUUUACAACUCACAAAUACAACUCAUGAGAGUAACAUAAACACGAGUCACAUAAAAAUGGACACAUAGUGGUGUCAAAAGAUUUUGAGAUAGUUCUGUGAAUCACUGUUGAAACAAGUGUUCUGUGUCCUCUCCUCUACAUAUCAUAUUAAAUAGACCAAUAUUUUGAAAGAUCCCCUCCAGCAUGUGUAACAGGAUGGCCAUCAGUCUGGAAAAACACUGACAGUGCUUGGAUUUAACCUACUGGAAUCUCAGAGUUUGAGCCUUGUUCACUGCAUCUCAAAAAUCCCCAAUGAUAUCAUUUUUAUACGCAUUAUGUGCUGGUUUCUGGUUUAUUUGUGUCUUGUGUCAAGGCUAGACCAAUUUUCUCAAAAUGACUUUUCACUUACAUUCAAAACCAAAAAUACCCAGAAUCAUAGUAGCUGCUUCUACUAAGUUUUACUCACAGUUUCCUUGUAGAUAUACUUUUUUCAUUUUCAUUUUAUGAGGAAAAGAAUGUUAAAAAUAUAUAUAUUUAUAGACAAAAACAAUUGACCAUUACUAGCUAUUUAGUGUUUGAUCAAAAUACAGCAAGAAACCAAUAAAGUCAGAACUUUUGACUUUAUUUGUUGGGCAUAAAUGGUUUCUGCUGAUAUGCAAAAUAGUACAGAUUUAAUGAGACAUAAAUCUGGCAAAUUUUCCUCCUGAUGGAAUAAAAGUAUUUUUCCCCCUAUUCCCGGGUGGUGCCUGGCUUAAAAUUUCUACUGGCAAAAGUAAACAAUCCAAGUAUAGUACUGUGCUGGGUUAGGUAUCUGUGAAUAUCUACAUAAAAAUCAGAUUUUCAAUGAAAACAGAGAAACUUUCCACUUUCAGCAGAUGAAUGUGAAAAU